AUGUAUUCAUUACCUUUCUCGCCACGCAGCACAUCAAAGCAUAUUUCCAACGUGAUGUUGGCCGGCUUCAUCAUAUGGUAUUUGACUAUGCUUCUUCCGGUAAACGUUGAGGAGAAGUUAACGGUUCCCGAAAUACUGUUUUAUCAUUUUGUACUGCUGUCCAUCCUACUCCUCUUUCGGCGACUUCGCACCGUGCACGAAGAUAAAGUCCGCAGAUUUUCUUCGGCCUCUCAUUUGCUACAGUAUUCCCCGGAACAGGAACUUUCGACGCCCAAAUCGGGCACUAAGCACGAUUCCAUCUCCUCCCUUUCUCCUAUUCUGUGGUACAAUCCAUUGCUCGGUUUGUGGAUGCUCGCGGAUAUCAACUGGUGGUUUGUAGCGCUGCUUUCUUUGUAUUUGUUCUUCGCUGUGUACACAGCCAACCUCGCUUUAACUUCGGUGUGCACACCGCGGAUGUACGCGGACUGGUUUAUUCUGCCGAACGAUUGCACUGCGGUAUACGCAGAUUUCCUGCGCGCUUGGGUUUUCGUCAGCUCUUUCUACUGGCUGAUCUCCACGAUUGUUCCCACAGCCGUCUUCAUGCAUCAGGUGGUGUCAUUGGUUCAGCGUUGUAAGAAAUCUUCCGGUGCUCACAAAGACUAUGUGAUUGCUUGA